UCAAAAACAGCUUCGCAUUUCUUUUUCCCUUUGAUUUUUUUUUUAAAAAAUGGCUAACAAUCUGAUGCGUGCAGUUCAAUACAGUAAAUAUGGCGGAGGAGUCGACGGUUUGAAGCAUGUUGAAGCUCCGAUUCCCAGUCCGAAAAAGGAUGAAGUUUUGAUCAAAGUAGAGGCGGCUAGCAUUAACCCCAUCGACUGGAAGAUCCAGAACGGGAUAGCCCGCCCUUUUUUACCACGCAAAUUCCCCCACAUUCCUGGUACGGAUGUUGCAGGUGAAAUCGUACAGGUUGGAUCAGAAGUCAAACGUUUCAAAGCCGGCGAUAAAGUCGUUGCCGUACUUGGUAACGGAGGUGCACUAGCUGAAUUCGCCGUGGCCAAGGAGGGUUCCACUGUUCCAAGGCCUCCAGAGGUAUCCGCCCUCGAAGCUGCAGCUCUGCCGAUUGCCGGCCUCGCAGCUCACCAGUCAAUCACACAGCACGCCGGCCUCAAACUCGACGGAAGCAGCCCGCAAGUAAACGUCCUUGUUACCGCAGCUUCAGGCGGUGUAGGAACAUACGCAGUUCAGCUCGCAAAGCUAGCAAACGCACAUGUGACAGCCACUUGCGGGGCUCGUAACAUGGAUUUAAUCAGGAGUCUGGGGGCCGACGAGGUUCUUGACUACAAGACUACAGAAGGAAAGGCCCUGAAGAGCCCAUCAGGUCGAAAAUACGACAUAAUCAUCCACUGUACAACCAACAUUCCCUGGUCUACCUUCGCGGCUAACCUGACUCCAAAAGGAAAGGUAGUAGAUACUACUCCUGCUUUUGGUACUAUGAUGAGUGCUGCUGCCAAAAAGAUUACGUGCUCCAAGAAGCAGCUCAUUCUGGUGUUUACGGAUCCUAAGAAAGAGAACCUGGAUUAUCUUGUGAAGUUGGUGAAAGCAGGAAAGCUUAAGCCAGUAAUUGAUUCAAGGCAUCCUCUGAGUAAGGCUGGAGAGGCUUGGGGCAAGAGCAUGGAUGGCCAUGCCACUGGCAAGAUUCUUGUGGAGCCCUAGUUUAUGAAUACUACUUUCAUUAUUUUGUAACUGAUUUGGGUUGCUUAUGAGUCCUUUGCAUACUUCACAACUACCCAAAAGGUUGCCUUGGUGUGCAAGUUGUUUGUUUGUUUAUAUUUCUCGUCUUGCUUGUAAUGUAAACAAUGUUUUGUGAAAUGUAAUGUUAAUGAGCA